AUGUCUAAUCCAAAGAAAGUAACGACACCCACGCCGUCGUGGCCAUCCAGCGGCGAGGUCAGCAAAGACGGACUGACUUUUGCUCGACGAGGAGAGCAGGUCAACGAUACCACCGUCGCUGGUGAUGUGUCCGGUUACGACGCGGAACACAUGCGAGCUCGAUCUCUUCUGACGGCCGAGGAGGAGAAGAAACUCAUGAGGCGAGUUGACUGGAGGCAAGUUUCGACACGAGGACAGACUCCUUGA